UGGUUGUAUGACAGUUUGAUAAGUAGAAAUGCAUUAUGUUUAAUCGCUCGCUCCUAUUUGAAUGUUUAGCACACGAAUAGCAUGUCAGUUGCUCGAUGAAGUUGAUUGCAAUAUAUCUUUAGUAGAAUUAAUCCUGUGACAAUGUUAUAAGAACUACAAAUCAAAUGGCUCGCUAAUUUAACCCCUGUUGCCUGUUGCUUGUUGGGUACAGUCCAUAAAAGAUAUAGGUAAGAUUGUAACGCAAGUUAUUUCGUUGUUAAUAAGUAAAGUUCAAGCUUUAUUUACAUACUCAAGAAUUGCGUAUGUCUCCCCACUUUCCUACAUGACUGCAGGCCAAAGGCUGUCUUGAAGUUAGUCUUAAGCUUACACCGUAGGGAUAGCAAGUCUAAAACAAAAUUGAGGGAAAUCGCUUACGAACUGAGGCAAAAACAUGCCGUGGAAACUAAUCAUAGUGACGUGUGUGUUGUACCACAGUUCGGUGGCGGAACAUUACAAAACGAAGCCUGACUUUGUAAAGACUUGCUUCAAGAGCGAUCCCGAAUUCGACGACUGUUCAAAGACGGCUGUCCAACAACUUUUCAAUGCUUUGGGGCCAGGUCUUCCAGAAAUAGGGAUGGAGCCUUUGGAUCCAUUGAAAAUUCCAAAAAUAAGAAUUUUGCAAGGCGAUGGGCCAGUUAACGUUAAUGCUGCAUUGGAUAACGUCACUGUGACCGGAUUCGGCCAAACAGAGGUUUUAUUGAGCCAAGUGGAUGGCAAAACAUACGACUUUUACACUAGGGUAAGAGUGCCAAAUAUCCGGAUAGAAGGCACUUAUGAUCUCAAAGGAAAGAUUUUACUGAUACCCUUGGUUGGUCGCGGUCUCUGCUGGUUUGAACCAACGAAUAUGACAAUUGAUAUUGUCAGCGACGUCAAAACCUAUGACAAGGACGGCUUCGUGUUUUUUAAUGUCACAGCUGCACAUGUAAAAUACAACAUCGGCGGUAUGAGUUUAAGGAUGAAUAAUUUAUUUGAUGGCAUUAAAUCUUUAGAGGAUAGUACUAAUUCGUAUCUUAACGUGAAUUGGCGGCCGGUAUCUGAAUCAUUACGACCUAUUCUGACCAAGACAAUUGAGGAUAUUCUUUUGGCGUUUAUGCAACAAUUAUUCCAUAAUCUGCCUGGAAAUUUUAUGAUCGGGGAUGUUAAGAAUAAUGCUGUUAACAAAAAACCAGAUAAGAAACAUUAAUAAAAUAAAUAUAAGUUUUUGUGUGAGUGUAAAGUAUGUCUGACUAUGUUUGAUAAUGAUAAAGGAUUGAAAAAGGUAAUUUAUAUGAUUAAAUUAUAGCUGACAAAACCAAACUCUUAUAUUAUUGCCUAUUGGAUUAAGUAGUUAUUGGUAUACAUACCGACUUAUUUUGUAAGCUUAUAAUUAUGUUUCAUUGAUACGAACUAAAAUAAAAAU